CAAGCGCGGCGGCUCCUCCCCGGAAAGGGCCGCGGGUCGGUGCGUGUCGCCAAGAUGGUGCGGAAGCUCAAGUACCACGAGCAGAAGCUGCUGCGGCGGCUGGAGCUGGUGAGCUGGGAGGCGGCGGCGGGCAGCCUAGCCGAGGUGAAGGCGCUGCGGCGGUACCGGCUGGGCCGGCGGGAAGACUACGUGCAGUACAAGGCCCUGGCCCGCACCGUCCGCACCUUGGCCCGCCGCCUCCGCGACCUGGGCCCGGCCAGCGCAGCCUUCCGCGCACGCUGCACGGCCGCGCUGCUGGAGAAGCUGUACGGGCUGGGGCUAGUGAACUGCCGGCGCUCGCUGGCCGCCUGCGAGAGCCUUUCGGCAGCCGCCUUCUGCCGCCGGCGCCUGCCCUGCCUGCUGGUGAAGCUGCGCAUGGCGCAGCACCUGCGCCACGCCGUCACCUUUGUGGAGCAGGGACACGUCCGCGUCGGGCCCGAGGUGGUGACCGACCCCGCGCUCCUCAUCCCCCGCGCCGUCGAGGAUUUCAUCACGUGGGUGGAUACCUCCCGCCUUCGGCAGAAGGUGCUCGACUACAACCAGGAGCGCGACGACUUCGACUUGGCCGCCUAGAGAUGUGCUGCCUGCCCCGCUGCUGCCCCCUGGACAUGCAUCGGUGCAGCUGACUGGUAUUUACCUCCCAAAAACACACCAGAAAGGGGAGCAAGGAGGAAAUGUACUCAUUUCCAGGAAAGUAUUGCUCUUCUCUUUGCUCCCCCUUGCAGCUAACAGCUUUAUUCAUCCAUGCAGAGAACCUUCCCUUCUACUUCCAUCACUCUGAGAAAACAUCUGUCAGCCCAGCUCUGUCACACUUCAAUCCUGCAAAGCCAAAGUGCCUGGGAAGAUCCUCACCUGAUGGCAAGAGAGGAUGCAGUCAGGCUGAAAUGCACACCUGCUAAUAAUAGUAUUGCUGGAAGGGGUUUUCAGCCUGGCCGAGUGGCUAUCUCAGGACAGUUUGGCAGCUUCGCAGCUGCUUUUCUAAGAGGUUGCCCUGUUCCUCCUUCAGCUGACGGGCACACAAUAACUGGAGGAGCUGCUUCUGGAAGGAUUUUCUUGGGACGUAUAUGCAGGGAAAUGUGGGGUUUGCUUGGGGUCCCUAGUAAACAAAGAGGCCAAGUACUGCAUUUCUGGAACUGUGAGACUUUUAGCCAAAAAUGGGAUUUAAAAGAAGGCCGACUUUGCUUUCAUGUGAAGUUGUAAAGGGAAGUUUGAUACUCUCUGUAUGUUCGGCAUCUUUGCUGUUUGGGGUUCCAGCUAACAAUUAGGCACUGUUUAUGGAGCAAGAUCUAACUGGGGAAGAGGCAUUGGAGCAAAAGCUCUCCUAACUAUAACGAUAAACCUUGGGAGGGGGGCAGAAAGCUUCUGCAUUUAGCACAUAAGCCAAACAGAAAUUAGUACCUGAGGGGAGCCUCAGACCUUCUGGUGCUGUUUGGAACUUUCUUCCUCUUUGAAAUAAAGAGCAGAAAAGCAAAAUUAAA